AAAAUAUUUGCAGAAAUGUGAAGGGUGUACUCACUUUUGUGACAUACUGUACAUGAUGGGCUAUUUUUCAUUUUGGACAUGUUGUAUGACCCCCCCCCCCAUCAGGAGUGUUGUACAUCAGUGACUUGUACAACGCUGGUGGGGGUGUCAUACAACUUCAUGUCAAAAAGUCCCAACUAUCCCUUCAAGACUUGAAUGAUUGGGUGAUCUGACGUUGCGUAGAACAGGGGAAACGUUAGAUGACACCUGGAGGUGUUCAAUGGAAAUACCAAAAGAAACCAGUUACCCUUGCCUGGUUUUAAAUACAUUUUAGAUGCAAGUGUACCUGAAUGCCUCACGGCGCAAGGUGGGAGCACAAACAUGCGAACAAGCAUGACAACAUAAGUUUGAUGGUUCUAUUUAUAAUACGCGUUCCAAUCCCCGCACGGUGCACCCAUGUAAACCUGCCACUGGGGGUGGGGAUUCCCCUAAAAAUGAGGCUUUAUUGUACCUGGGCCACUGCUUUAUCUUGAAUAUUUGUUUGCUAUGACAUGAAUAUGAACACACCACAGCCAUGUGGGUGGACCAGAACGGUAAUGCUCACAUUGAAGCCAUUGAAACGCAAGGAUGCCAACAUCAGACUUCAUCAAAACAUGUAGGAUGAUUACUUAUCGAUUUAUCAGUGCUCAUGUCAAGCGUCAUGAAAAUGUCCCCAUGCAAAGUCCGCAUUUUCCACCCAGACUGACAAUGAAAUGAUGUCGAAGUGAAGGUGAAAGAAGAUAAAAGGUAUAUGUCUUCAGGUGAAAUGCGUGAGGGGGGACACUGUUAUUCAACAUUUGACUUCCAAAUGUUGGCAUUUUGGGAAAGAGGAAGCCAUUAGCACUUCAAUGGAUGCUACAUUCCGUAGCUUUUUUUUCACUUGUCUGCAGCAAACAUUGAAUAAAUUAUAGAUUGUAAUUUUUAGUGGUGUGAAACUUUACUGAGCUAGAAAUCUAAAAUAUAAAUGUUUUAAUGCAUUUUAGCCCUUUAGUAACGUGCAUUCGACUGCUCAUGUUGUGCCAACGGUGUUGUCAUAACACCAGUUGUCCACCAGAUGACAGCAGAGCAGCACGCUUGCUUUCCGAUGGUUCAAAGUAGAAACGGGGACAAAAAGGACAUGAACGACUUGGCAGGGACCACCCACUCAUCUUGGACGCGCGUCUCUUGUCCCUCACGAGCCCCCUCCCCCACCCCACCACUCCUUAAAGUGUCACGCAUCCCCUCGGGGUUAAGGUGCGCGCUCCCGCUUGGUGGUGGCCGCGCGUCGUGUGUUCGGAGCAAGACGCGCGGAUUCACUCGCACGCGCUCCCUGAGAUUACGUUUUACUCCAGGAUCGACCUGGAUCGAAAUAUUCUUGCGUGUUCGUGGUGUGUUGUAGAACACCUCCACCCCCCCAACCACAUCCCCCACCUCCACCGACCAUGUUGUCACCCCGCCUUUGUCUCGCAUGAGUCGGGGCUGCUGAGAGCCAACUUGGCCUCCGGUCGAGGCUCUAUUGCUUCAACUUAAAGACUUUUUCUUCUUGAUUGUUUUGAAGCCGCCGAGUAGGGAUGUCGUCUUCUCGCACGGAUUACGUGGCGCCAUGGUGGACGUACUGGCUGCACACCUUCCCUCACAUCAACCUCAGCUUCCAGCCUGUGGACAACACCUUCCAUCCUGAGCACGAGAGCUACCAGCAGUCUCUGCUGUUUGUGUGCUGCAUGGCGGCGGCGGCGCUCGGCGUGAACCUCUUGUGUCUGGCCGUCUACCUCAGCUGCCUCUGCUGCCGCCGCAAGGACGAGGGGGACGAGGACGGCAAGAAGCCCACGUCCUGCUGCGUCACCUGGUUGGCCGUCAGCGCCGGCCUGGUCACAUGUGUGGCAGUGGGCGUGGGUUUCUAUGGCAACAGCGAGACCAACGACGGCGUGUAUCAGCUGACCUACUCCCUCUACAACGCCAACAACACGCUGGCCGGCGUGGACGGCCUGCUGCAGGUGACGACCACCAUGGGCAGCAUGAAGAGCGGUCUGCAUCAGCACCUGGCCAGGCUGGACGAGAUCUUCGCCACGCGCGGCGACUACGUUCAGACCCUGCAGUUCAUGCAGCAGAUGGCCGACAACGUCAUCAAGCAGCUGCUGGGCCUGCCCGACUGGGCGCGGGCCGACGUGGACCUGGCGUCCGUGGCCGACCUCACGGCGAGCGUGGAGUACUACAGGUGGCUGGGGUACCUGCUGCUCCUCAUCCUGGACCUCAUCAUCUGCCUGCUGGCUUGUCUGGGCCUCGCCAAGCAGUCUCGGUGGCUGCUGACCACGAUGAUGCUGUGUGGGGUGCUGACCCUGAUCCUCAGCUGGGCCUCACUUGGAGCUGAACUGGCCGCUGCUGUGGGCACCAGUGACUUCUGUGUGGCGCCUGACAAGUACAUCAUGAGCCAAGUCAAAGGUGUCGUGGGCACAGAUAUCCUUCAUUACUACAUUUACUGCAACCACACGCUCUCCAAUCCUUACCAGCAGCCUCUUACGCUUUUCCAGAGGUCUCUGACCACCAUGCAGAUCCAGAUCCAGGGUCUGCUGCAGUUCGCCGUGCCGCUCUUCCCUACAGCGGAGAGAGACCUCCUGGGCAUCCAGCGUCUUCUCAACACUUCAGAGGCCAGCCUGCACCAGCUAACUGCUCUGCUGGACUGCAGGGGGCUCAACAAGGACUACUUGGACGCCAUGGUGGGUGUGUGUUACGACGGCGUGGAGGGUGUGCUCUACCUGUGCCUCUUCUCUAUGCUGGCGGCUUGUGCCUUCACCAUCAUGCUGUGUGCCGUCCCCAAAGCCUGGACACAGAUAGCCAGCAGGGAGCAGGACUACGACGACAUGGACGACGAGGACCCCUUCAACCCGCGGCGGAACCGAGUGGGCUCCCAGAACCAGGCUAACAUGCACAGCUUCUGCAGCUACAGCAGCAGCAUGGGCAGCCAGAACAGCCUCCAGCCGCCCGCGCCCCCACCCCUCUCCAGCGCCCCCAUGGGCGACUACACGAACCAGCACGCCCUGUUUGGGGGGAACCCUCGCUACGAGAACGUACCUCUGAUUGGACGAGGCUCGCCCCCACCCUCGGUAUACUCUCAGCAGUAUAGAAGCAGAGUAAGUCUCGUUUUUCUUUCACUAAAAACUCUUCCCAUCCCUCACGUUGCUUUUCUCUGUAUGGCCACCGGAGGGCGCUAUGGUGUAGUUCUUGUCUUGCUUUGUCUCUGCUGUAUGAGCUCAGCGUAUACGAUAUACAGUAUAUGAUCUAUAUGAUGUACUACUCUAUAUGAUCUAUAUGAUAUACAGUACAUGAUCUAUAUAAUGUACUACUCUAUAUGAUCUAUAUGAUAUACAGUAUAUGAUCUAUAUGAUGUACUACUCUAUAUGAUCUAUAUGAUAUACAGUACAUGAUCUAUAUAAUGUACUACUCUAUAUGAUCUAUAUGAUAUACAGUAUAUGAUCUAUAUGAUGUACUACUCUAUAUGAUCUAUAUGAUAUACAGUAUAUGAUCUAUAUGAUGAAGUCUCACCUCCAUCAUGCUCUCCCCCACCCCACACC